AUCACCAGGACGUCACCAGGAUAUCCCCUCGGUUUUCCCUAUCGCAACCAGCAGGCAUUGUCACACUCGCAACCCCCAGUCACCUUUUCGGGUCGGUGCGAUCCCGCCGCAGAGAUGGCCGACCCUGCCCGCUACCGAUACAUGGACCCCGCGACGAGGCGCUCGCCUCCUCUCUACAACCCCGCCCGCUCCUCGAUGCCCGUCACCGGCGGUGGCUAUGGCUCUCUCUACAGCGGAGACCUCCAUGCCAUGUCAGCAUCCCACCACGAGGGUUUAUCCCGCCCCGCCGACGAGUAUCGCACGAGCGCCGUCCCCGUUAGCGCCAACACAUACGCCGUGAGGAAGGAGCCGCUCUCGAGGAGCACCAGUGUCAACGACGGCACCCGAGUCCACCGCGUCGUCGACCAGAAUGUCAAACGGCCCAUCAUAGUUACUACGAAGCACCACUCGCCAGCCCCAAGAUCGGGAAGCCCACCCCGCGAUCCCUAUCGAUCGAGCGACGAGGGCCAGUACUACGCCCAGCCGGCUUCCUCCAUACCCCGGAGCCGAGCCGUCGGUUACGUUCCCUCGAGCGCCAGUAUCGACGACGACGAAUACCGGCGAUUAAAGGAAAGGACUCACCAGGAUAGGCUGGGAAACCGCGGCGCCGACCCGCAACAUCCUACACGUCCGGGGUCGCUCUACGCCGGACCUAACCAUCGCACCAACACUUACAACGAGUUUGACGACGAAGGAUACGAGUACACGAGGCCAAGCGACCUCGCGAGAUACGAUCUUGAUCACGACCAGCGCCAGAGGACCCGCCGCGAGAGCCUCGAUCGGUACUAUCGCCCGACCGUCAGCAUUAGCGCAGAUCUCGCCCGCCCCUUCGAUCAGACCGAGAGGCGAGUGCGAGGUCCACCGCCGGCAACUCGGGGUUUGGAGAAGAUAGGCUGGACCCAGCCAGCCGGUGGUAUUUAUAAUGGCGCCGGGUCGCAUAUGCCUCUUCCGCCGUCAGCAGGACCCCCCCCAAUUCCUGAAGUGCGGCGUCCGUUGAACCUACUCGAGAACUCGGGAAGCCCUAGGGAAGAACACCGCGGUGGUCCACGCCCGCUGUCGAUGAUCCAAGACGACCCUAACCGACUUGGUCACCCCGAUGAUUACUACUACGACGACCCCCGCGACCAGAAUUACUUCCAGGAUGACCGCGUCACCGCUCGUGGCUUUGGGAUUCUCGUCGAUCCGAACGACGUCGACGACCAUCGCCGGCCUCCCGAAAAGGCGUAUCCUGACGAACGCCGUGAGCGCCGAGAGCCUCACAAACGCUACGAGGCCCACGAGUCGAGGAGGCGGCCGGACGAUGACUUGGAAAUCAUCAAGCACGAGUACGACGACCGGGAUCAUAGGAGGCGCCGUGAGCACGACUACGUGGUUGACGAGGAAGGCGGGCGCGACAGGAAAGACCGAAGAUCAGACGACGACGAACCCGAGAGCAAGAGAGACAAGGUUCGCGACAAGGCCGCAGCUGGUCUUGGUCUUGCCGCCGCUACCGUCGGCCUCAAGUCUGCCAUGAAACGCAGGACCGACAAGGAUGAGGACCCAUCCCCGUCAAGGAGGCAUGCAGACGAGGACGUCGAUCGCAGGAGGCACGACGAGGCAGAUUCUCGAGGCCGACCAAGCCGAAACGAGGAUCUUCUUGGUGACGAGGAUUUCGAGAUCGUCGAGCACCCAAGGGACCGUGAGAAACCAAGGAACCUAGCAGUGCCCGAACCCGAGGCCCGGGAAUCCAAGAAGGAUGACGAUGCGGCAGCUCUGCCAUCUCGAGACCGCUCCUCAUCCGUAGACGAUCAAGGAAAGACAAGGCCUCGCCGCCGUCUAAGGGCCUCGUCGUUCAACCCCAAUGACACCGCCGCUCUCGCCGAGAUGAAGGCGCGGCUAGCUAAGCUCAACGACGCCAAGAAAGCCGACGAAAAGGAUGCGUCCCCAGCCAGGGACCCGUCUCCAGACCGUAAGCCGUCCCCGGUCGAGAAGCGCGAGGCCGACCCCGACGCCUCGGCCCCAGCGCCCAAGGAGGAUGGCGGCGACGCCACCCCUCCGUCGCGAGACGAAAGACAAGUCCGGUUGGUGCCGCCGCCCAAGGACGCCAUCCUAGACAAGAAGCCCAUCAAAGGCAUCCUCAAACAACCAAAGGUGCAGUUCCCCGAAGAACCGAACCCCGUCCGCGAGGGCGUCGCCCCCCACAAGGACGACAAGUCCAAGAACAACGUGCCGACCGGCGCGCGCUGGACAAAGAUCAGCCGCAAGAUGGUCAACCCGGAGGCGCUCAAGAUCGGCAAGGAGCGGUUCGAGGUCCGCGACGACUUUGUCAUCGUCCUGCGGGUCCUCAGCAAGGAGGAGAUCCAGGCUUACGCGGCAGCGACCGCCACCCUGAGAGAGCGCCGGAAGAAGGAGCUGGAGCGUGAAACGCGUGGCGAGGCCGAGUAUGACGAGGACCGUGACCGCGGGCGUGAGACCGAGGACGAGGAGAGGAAGAAGCGGCAUCGUCAGCACGAGCGGGAGAGGGAUGACGAGAGGCGUGGUGGGAAGGACAAGGAGAGGGAGAAGGAUACCAAGCACCGCCGUCAUCGCAUCGAAGGGGGUGACGAGGUCGAUGACGCGAGACGGCAUCAUAGGUCGCACCGGGAUUAAGGGUCUUCUCGAAAGGGUGGUUCCUUUUUGGCUGUGAAGAGCGGGGUACGAGCUAUGAUGUGAUGUGAUGAUGGGCUGCUGUUUGUUUAUAUUGGCUGGUAUUUGUUGGGCGUCGACGUCGAGC